GCUACGCUGUCUUAAGUGGCAGCCGGGGGCGGCGGCACGCCCGGGAGCGGAGAGCCGGACAGCCGCACCGACGCCGCCCAGGACGUCAGCGGCGCGCGGCUGAGGCUUGGCACCGAGCCUAGCUGGGCAGCUGCGGACCACCGACAGACCCACGGACGGCGUCGGCGACCGAAGGACAGAGGGAGGCGCGCGCGACGGGAGGGGACAGACCUCCGCAGACCUGCGGCCUCCCGCCGACAGCGCCAUGGACGGCUCCGACAACGCAACCCUGCUCUUCGCCCCGUCCUCUCUGCUGCCGGACAACUACACUCUGUCGCCUAAUGCCAGCAGCCCGAGCCCCGGCACGGACUUCCCCUUCGCUCCCGCCUCAAGCCCCGGCCCCAGCCCCAGCCCCAGCCCCGGGCUCAGUCUGGGGCCAGGUCCGAGCGUUAGCUUCAGCCCCGGCCCUACCCCAAGCCCGGAGCCCACGACCGGCAGCUUCGCGGGCGGCGCGGAGAGCCAGGGCCCUUCCCCGUUUCCCCGGCCUUGGGUCCCCCACGAGCCCCCGUUCUGGGACACGCCGCUGAACCACGGGCUGAAUGUGUUCGUGGGCGCCGCCCUGUGCAUCACCAUGCUGGGCCUGGGCUGCACCGUGGACGUGAACCACUUCGGGGCGCACGUCCGCCGGCCCGUGGGCGCGCUGCUGGCCGCGCUCUGCCAGUUCGGCUUCUUGCCGUUGCUGGCCUUUCUGCUGGCCCUCGUCUUCAAGCUGGACGAGGUGGCUGCCGUGGCGGUGCUUCUGUGUGGAUGCUGUCCCGGCGGAAAUCUCUCCAAUCUCAUGUCCCUGCUGGUUGACGGCGACAUGAACCUCAGCAUCAUCAUGACCAUCUCCUCUACACUUCUGGCCCUGGUCUUGAUGCCCCUCUGCCUGUGGAUCUAUAGCAGGGCUUGGAUCAACACUCCUCUGGUGCAGUUACUACCCCUAGGGGCGGUGACCCUCACUCUUUGCAGCACACUCAUUCCUAUUGGGCUGGGAGUCUUCAUUCGCUACAAAUAUAACCGUGUGGCUGACUAUAUUGUGAAGGUUUCCCUGUGGUCUCUGCUAGUGACUCUGGUGGUCCUUUUCAUAAUGACUGGCACUAUGUUAGGACCCGAACUGCUGGCAAGUAUCCCUGCAGCUGUUUACGUCAUAGCCAUUUUUAUGCCUUUGGCCGGGUACGCCUCAGGCUAUGGCUUAGCUACUCUCUUCCAUCUUCCACCCAACUGCAAAAGGACUGUGUGUCUGGAAACAGGCAGUCAGAAUGUGCAGCUCUGUACUGCCAUUCUAAAGCUGGCCUUUCCACCACGCUUCAUAGGAAGCAUGUACAUGUUUCCCUUGCUUUAUGCCCUCUUCCAGUCUGCAGAAGCAGGGAUUUUUGUUUUAAUAUAUAAAAUGUAUGGAAGUGAAAUAUUGCACAAGCGAGAUCCUCUAGAUGAAGAUGAGGACACAGAUAUUUCUUAUAAGAAACUGAAAGAAGAGGAAAUGGCAGACACCUCCUAUGGCACAGUGAAAGCUGAUAAUAUAAUAAUGAUGGAACCUACCCAGACUUCUCUCUAAAUGUGAAGAUACACAGGAGCUUCAGUUUUGCUGAAAUAUUACUUCAUAUUUAUGGCCUGUGGUGUAGUACAUAUGGUUUAUAUAAAGGAUAACAAUUGGUUCACACUACAUGUAACAGUUUUAAAACAUUGUAAAGCUGCAUUGGUGUAUUAACCAAGUGUUUUAGUAAAUUACAAAUCAGUGUUGUAAUAUAA